ACGACGAUUCGGGUGAUGAAGGCGAUGAAGAGGAAGAACCUAUUGUGGCCGAUUUGGAUCACCAUCAAGAAAAUGUCGAUAGAGGAACCGAUGAUAUUGGGAGCCUCGUUACUGAUCUGGAGGACCUACAAGAGCCGCCAGAAGAAGAGAUUGUAUUUGAGCCUGAAGAGCCUCAAGUAGCAAAAGUCACUCAAUCUGGGCAAACGUAUGCGCAAGCUGCAAUGUCUGGGUUGAACCUUUCCCAAGUUCCAAAGAGACCAAGAGAAUGGCCUUCGAGCAGGAGUGGCAGUUCUGCCAAUAAGAACAAGAAUCGAGUUGAAAAAGACGCAAGCAUUGAGAAAGAGAAUUGA